AUGGGGCAGGACACGUCCAAGGAGAGGCCACCCGGUCCACAUACAGCAGACAAGGCCGCACCAGAGGUGGUGUACAAGCCACGGAAGAUUGUUACGGUCCACGCAGCUGCCGUCGACGGACCGCGGGAGGGCACGCUCGAGAGCAGACGGGCAAAACGGGCUCAGGCAAGCAAGGCCAUCCGGACUAUGCUAGAGACUACGCCCAUCCCGCCUGCCCUGCUCAAGUCUGCGAUGAAGUCGCUCCUCCAGGACGUCUUUGUCUCACCCAACAAGGCUGCCGGUGAGACGCCGACCAUCGAUCCGCAAGCCAUCAUCCGCGCAGGCGCCUUUCUGCAGGACUACCAGCGCCGCAUGUUCCACUCGGUCGUCCUGGAGCAGUCCAAGGUCUGCACCGCUAUGCGCGGCCUCGAGCAGCUGUUUGCUCAGCGGACCGCUGCAGUCAUUGCCGCUCAGGAGGCCGUCGCCUCUGCCGCCGUCUCGCUCAACUCACUCAACUCGCUCGCUACGUCGCUCGCAGACUUGCGAACCCGCCUCGGCGAUGCCCUGCUCCAGACUCACGCCAUGACUGCUGCCCUCUAUGAUCUAGAAGCCCUCGAGCCAUCAGGCGUCAUCGAUGACUCGGAUUCUGCUCUCCAUCCCUUUGUGUGGCCCACCUACGAUGGCCUGCCCCAGGCCGCCCUGCCGCGACGUGCCGAUUCUGAUGCCGCCGCCUAUCUUUACUCCGCCUAG